AAUGAACAAAGAGGAGGAACCCAUAUAAGAGCCAUUAAUGAACGAUGGUAGUUAAUACAACAAAGGAAAAAGUCAGAGAGGGAUGUCUUAAAUAUCUGCAUUGACUGAACAAUCAAAGAAUGAGACUCAUAUUUAUGAAAUUCCAGAUCUGACUAAUGUCACCCAAAAUGUUCUUUGUCGGCUAAUUGCAGUUUCAGUAGUUUGCAUUGUAUUUUUGAUAGUAGAAGUAUGUAUUUUGAUCUAAAUUUUUAAGGUUAUUGGAGGGUUAUGGGCAGAAUCAUUAGCCAUAUUAUCUGACGCAGCACAUAUGUUUUCUGACAUGAGUGGGUUUUUCAUAUCAAUAUUUUCAAUUUGGCUUGGUUAACGACCUGCUUCUUAGAAAAUGUCGUUUGGAUAUCAUAGAGCAGAAGUAAUUGGAGCAUUGGCAAGUAUAGUAUUGAUUUGGGGACUGACGAUUUUGCUGUUUUAUGAGGCAACCGAGAGAAUGGUAAAUCAGGCUGUGGUAACUGAUCCACUGAUAAUGUUAAUUACAGCAGGAUUUGGAUUAUUUUGUAAUUUAGUAAUGGCAAAAGUAUUGCAUUCUUCACCAACAGGAGGACAUGAUCAUGGAAAUAUUAUGCAUUAAUGUAAUGGACAUCAUCAUGGUCAUGGACACGAUCACGGACACGAUCAUAAUCAUGAUCACGGUCAUGAUCACAAUGAUCAUAUUGAAGUAGAUAAGAAGUAGAAAAAGAAGAAAUAUAAUGUUAAAUAAAAACGAUCAAUGGUCAGUGAGAAUGGAGUAAGUUUGUUAGUUGUUGAAUAAAGUAUUGAUUCUGAAUCUAGUUCUAAAAAUAGCAAGAGCAAUUAGACAAUUGAAGAGAUCAGUAGUGAAAGUAAGUAAUCGAGUAAUGGUAAACAAAAUAAUUCUUAACAAUAAAUUAUUUAAUAAUCAAAUUAAAAAGAAAUUUUAGAUCAUGAUCACUCCGAAAGUUGUGAUCAUGAUCACUCAAAAUAAAUAGAGGCUGAUGAAUUCAUAAGCUAAAAUAACGCAUAAAAAAAGAUGGAAAAUAAAAAUAAGUCUGACCAAAGUCAUAGAUGUUCUCAUGAUCAUAAUCAUAAUGAUUCUCACGAACAUGAUCAUGAUCACGAUCACGAUCAUCAUGACCAUGAUCACGAUCAUGAUCACCAUGACCAUGAUGAAAGAGAUGAAUAGACGAAAAAGCGAAAGAAUAAAGUGAAAAAUCAUAAUCUUUCAGAAAUCAAUGAACAUGAUAAUUAUAAUUUGAAAGCAGCUAUGAUUCAUGUGAUCGGAGAUAUCUUACAAUCAAUAGGAGUUUUAAUAGCCGCUUUAUUAAUUUAUAUAUUUGGACAAAAAAAGGAUGAAAAUAACGAAAUUGUAUUCACUUAUUGGUAAUAUGCUGAUCCUCUAUGCACAUAUUUAUUUAGUAUUCUAGUUCUCUUUACAACAUUUGGAGUUGCGAAAGAAUGUGUACGAGUGUUAAUGGAGGGUACCCCAACAAGUAAUCAAUUAUCUUAGUUAUUUUAGACUUGAUCAUUGAGGAAUUUCGGGAAUAACUAAAUGCAAUUCACAGAGUAAGGGAAGUUCAUGAUCUUCAUAUUUGGUCGUUGUCUGUAGGCAAGCCGUCUAUGUCUGCCCACAUAGUUUGCUUAGAGAACCCUGAAUACGUAUUAAAGAAGGCAACAAAAUUAUGCAGAAAAUUUGGGAUCUAUCAUUCGACCAUAUAGAUUGAGCUCUUAGAUAGACAAGGUGCAAAUGAUUACAUUAAAUGUAAUCAUAACUUGCAUAAAUGAUUAUUUUUAUAUUAACACUCC